UGGACCGAGGACGGCUCCCCAGCUCGUUUCAGGACUGGAAAAUCAGAAAUGAGGAACAAUAUGAGACAAGAUUCAGUGAAAAUGCACAAGUUGUUAAUCGAGCUGGUCCUGCUGGGAGUCAUUAGUUCGAGUAAUGGUGCAAUCCAGAGGCCUGACUAUGAUGACACACCCAACCCAGAGUUCCUCAACCCGGCCUGGAUGGCCAGCAUCCCUGAUGAUCGGCUGCUGUCAGAGAUCACCAUGCCUGGGACACACAACACCAUGGCCCUAUAUGGUGGUGUGUAUGCAGAGUGCCAGACCUGGAGCCUGGCCUCCCAGCUCCGUGCUGGUGUUCGCUUCCUAGACAUCCGUGUGCGUCAUGUCAACGGAAACCUCACCAUUCAUCACGGGGUGUCCUACCAGCGAGCGCACUUUGGCGACGUCCUGGAGGGAGUGACUGACUUCCUGCAGGAGUAUCCAACUGAGACAGUGCUAAUGCGUCUAAAGGAGGAGUUCAGUGAGACGGGUGACAUCUAUGGUGCUGUGGUAGACUACAUCAAUCGCUACUCUCACUGGGACCUGCUGUGGCACAGCCGACUCGUGCCAACCAUGAGUGAGGCUCGAGGGAAGAUCAUCAUCCUGCAGAACUUCAAUGGGCCAGAUCUGGGGAUGCGUUAUGAUUCAAUGGACAUAGCUGAUGACUGGAAGGUGCCCACACUGGCACAUGUGCAGGAGAAAUGGCAGAGUGUCUACAACCACUUGGAGGCUGCACCUUCAGGAAACAAAGCCCAGAUUUUUCUCACCUACAGCAGUGGAGCCGGAGUGUUCGCGCACCCCAGGGCCGUCGCACAGCUCAUCAACCCACAGCUGUACAAGUACCUGAGGGCCAAGACGGACCUGAACCAGCGCUUUGGAAUCAUAUGCAUGGACUUUCCCGCUGCCCCUAUUAUUCAAAUGAUCAUUGACUUCCAAUUAAAAGAGGCUUUUAAGACAGAGCAGGUCUAAUAACACAAUUCUUAGCCACUUAACUUCCUCACUGACAAAGUAAUUAAUCAAACGUUUCGGUGCUAAUAUCUGACCGAGCUCGGCAAAAGUAAUUAUGAUGGAAAGUUUGCCUGGGAUGAAAUGUCUCAUUUGCAAAAGAUUUGGGGAAUAAAAUAAAUGCAACUCAAAAAUAAA